GAUGAUUGGUGCAAGAGGGUCGGAGUCAGGUUGUAGUUGAAGCGAGCGGCAGGCUUCAGCCUCAGACUGUAACUGGAGCUAAAAUGGCGCUGACUUCCCAAGGAACAAAGAAGAAAGUUUGCUAUUAUUAUGACGGUGAUGUUGGGAAUUAUUACUAUGGCCAGGGUCAUCCCAUGAAGCCUCACCGCAUCCGCAUGACCCACAACCUCCUCCUCAACUAUGGGCUCUAUAGGAAGAUGGAGAUCUACAGGCCUCAUAAAGCCAACGCUGAAGAGAUGACCAAAUAUCACAGCGACGACUACAUCAAGUUCCUCCGCUCCAUCCGCCCAGACAACAUGUCCGAGUACAGCAAGCAAAUGCAGAGAUUUAAUGUGGGUGAAGACUGUCCCGUGUUUGACGGCCUGUUUGAGUUCUGUCAGCUUUCAACUGGCGGCUCUGUGGCCGGUGCCGUAAAACUAAACAAGCAGCAGACAGACAUCGCCAUUAACUGGGCAGGCGGCCUUCAUCAUGCCAAGAAGUCGGAGGCAUCUGGUUUCUGCUACGUCAAUGACAUCGUGCUGGCCAUCCUGGAACUGCUCAAGUACCAUCAAAGAGUUCUGUACAUUGACAUCGACAUCCAUCAUGGUGAUGGAGUAGAGGAGGCCUUCUACACCACGGACCGUGUCAUGACCGUGUCUUUCCAUAAGUAUGGAGAGUACUUUCCUGGCACUGGUGACCUCAGAGAUAUCGGUGCUGGAAAGGGCAAAUAUUAUGCUGUGAACUACCCACUCAGGGAUGGGAUUGAUGACGAGUCUUACGAAGCCAUAUUCAAACCCAUCAUGGCCAAAGUGAUGGAGAUGUACCAGCCGAGCGCUGUAGUGCUACAGUGUGGUGCCGACUCUCUGUCGGGGGACAGGCUGGGGUGCUUCAACCUCACCAUCAAAGGUCAUGCGAAGUGUGUCGAGUACAUGAAGAGUUUUAAUCUGCCCUUGCUCAUGCUGGGUGGCGGAGGCUACACCAUCAGGAACGUGGCUCGUUGCUGGACCUACGAGACAGCUGUUGCCCUGGACAGCACUAUUCCUAAUGAGCUUCCAUAUAACGAUUACUUUGAGUAUUUCGGGCCUGACUUCAAGCUCCACAUCAGUCCCUCCAACAUGACCAACCAGAACACAAACGACUACCUAGAAAAGAUCAAGCAGCGUCUUUUUGAGAAUCUGCGCAUGUUGCCCCACGCUCCCGGCGUGCAGAUGCAGGCGAUCCCAGAGGACGCUGUGCAGGAGGACAGCGGGGACGAGGAGGAUGACCCAGACAAACGCAUCCCCAUCCGUGCCCACGAUAAACGGAUAGCCUGCGACGAAGAGUUCUCCGAUUCCGAGGAUGAAGGACAAGGCGGCCGCAGAAACGCAGCCAACUACAAGAAGGCCAAGAGAGUGAAGACCGAGGAGGAAAAAGAUGGAGAAGAGAAGAAAGACGUGAAGGAGGAGGAGAAAACCCCAGAAGAGAAAAUGGAUACAAAAGGGCCAAAAGAAGAGCUGAAAACAACCUGAGCACCCGAGUCCAAAGGGAUGCAUGAAUUUGACUUGUCCCAUACUCACAUGAUGUUAGCCUUCAAGCUAAAAGACUGUAAAUUAUUUUCUAAGACUCCUUUUACUAUUUGUAUUCUUAAUGGGCGGUAUAAAGUUUUUUUUUUUUUUUGCAUUACACGUGAAAUGUAAGCUGUAUCCUUUCCUUAUUACACCCCUCCUUUUUUUUUUUCUUUUUGCAUUGAUUCUUACAACUGUUUUUUUUUUUUUUGUUUUUUUGUUUUUUUUAAGUUGAAAUAGUAGCACCUCAAACAGGACCAGAGGCAGUUGAGAUGCUCAGUAGCUCUACUCCACCCAAACAGCUUCACCUCUAAGUUAUUUGGAUUCAUGGACUUCAACACACACACACACACAUCCGAAUAAUGUUUCCCGUAUUAGGUCUUGUCUUUUAGGGAUGCUGCUCCCUGGCCCAGUGUCCUUUACCUCAUUUUAAGAGACAAACUUGUUUGUUUUAAUGACGUGUCUGUGUUUAUGGCUCCAGUGGCCAGAAAUAGCAGUUUUAGGAUUUCUACAGUUCAGUGGUUUUGAAUUGUCCAUACUAUAUGCUUUUUUUUGCUAAGGUAAAUAAAGAGAACAUGGUCUCA